CCACCAACAGGAGUCCCAGAGACUCCCACAAGAGGGUUUCCAGGACACUCUAGAAGUCGACAGGUGUAGAAAGGGAGGCGGGCGCCUUCCUGGAAAAGAAGUGGGUCGGGCUCAGCCGAAAAGCAAGCCCAGCACCAGAAGAAGAUUCCGGAACUGGAUGUAAAAAGACCUUUCUUCCUGGAGCUUUCCGGACUCAAUUAGAUGUUGUACCAGUCUGGUUACCCUGGUAACAGGCGUCGCGGUUUGUCAAGAAACCGAGAGAAGAGACUUAAGAGGCCUAUUCAUCUCGAUCAUGGAGUCAUCCUCGAAGGGUCUGCUCACCCAAGUUACUCAAUUCUGGAACCUCCUAGAUGAUCUGGCUGAAAGUAACCCUGAGAGCUAUGAGAAGUUCAUUCAACAGCAGCUGAAAGAGGGGAAACAGCUCUGUGCUGCCCCAGAACCACAGCUCUGUCUACAAACCAGGAUCCUGAAACCAAAAGAAAAAAUACUUUUUAUCAACCUAUGUCAGUGGAAAAGGAUCCCAGCUCCCCAGUCAGCCACUCAUCCAGUACCUCUAAGUGUUGGCAGACCAGAAGAUAUGUCUGAGACAUCAGAUGUUUACACAGUCAUUGAUGUUGCCUACCAUCCUGAUGUUCUCCAGGCAGCAGAAAAAGACCAAGUGAAAAAAGAUCAACUAAUACAGAUGGCCAUGAAAUGCAUUGAGGAAAAACUCCAAUUCACUCUCUCAAACUCUUACCAUGUUACCAAAUUUAGAAUAAAAGGAAGUGUUCACAGAAUGAAACAAAAUCUGAUGGGAAACCAAACUGAUCCCACAGAUUUAAGAGAGAAAAUGAGAAAGGAACUAACCCUUGAACAGAUAAGAAGCAGUACUGUGAGCAAUUCAGAUCAGUUUCCUCAACUUUUACUGCCAAAAGACGAAGUUUCAAAUAAAACAAGGUGUCUGAUAGAAGAGAUUUCUAGUACAGAGAUUGAAGUGGAGAUGAAGAGACCAGCCUAUGAAUUAAAAAUUGUGGCAGAUCAGAAUGAGAGACCUCUGAAAAUUGAAUUAAAAGUUGAACUACCUGGUAUUAAUUCAGUAUCUCUCUGUGACCUUAGUGUUUCUGAGGAUGACUUAUUGAUCGAGGUUUCUGAGUACAGAUUACAUCUGAAUCUUCCAGAAUCUGUGGAUACUGAAUUGACUACAGCAAAAUUUAUCAAAGAGAAAGCUACAUUAAUUGUCACAAUGCCAUUGGUGUAAGUUAAGAGCAUCGUGUAUUUGGAGUUUUUGGUUUUCAGUGAUAAAGUCAUGUGAAUUAGAGGGCCUUCAUUAUGGAUGAAGAGGUUUAUCUUAAACACUAGUUUUAUUUUCUAAGAGUUCCUUUUGAUGGAAUGAGAUUUUCUCAUCAGCCGUUUUCUUUUGUUUUGUUUUGCUUUAAUUCUUUCUCCUUCUCAAGUUAACUUAGCAUCAAGCAGAAACUACUGAAAACAGUACUGCCAUGAUAUACUUAUUUCAAAGAUAUUUGUAAUGGUGUUAAGUAACUUAAAUAUCAUUUGGGAAAAGUCUGUUUGUCUCCAAGUAUUCAGUAAUACGUGAGAAUUCUUGCUUUACCAGUUGAAAAACAAUUUUUGUCUCAAAUUUUUGCAUCAGGAAUAAAUCCCACACUGUGAAAGAAGUUUUUUAUUACCAAGAUGUGCCUUAGCAGUGACAGUUUCCUCCAGCUAUAAAGAUGUAGGGCCAAUGUAAUAGUAUGCAAACCUUUGCUUCUAUUAACCUCUGUACUUCUAUAAAACAGCUCUGGCAGGAGUCCAAGCCACCCAAGCCUACUUACCUUUUAAUAUCAGAUAUGGACUUGUCUGUGGAUUAGAUACAACGAUGCAGUAACAGUAAUUGGAUGUUAUUACACAUAAGACACAAAAUACAUCCAACUCUAAUUUAAGAAAAAGGAGCUGACUUUGGGACCAGUGCCUUUCUCCUAAGAAAAUAAUUUUUAAAAUACAGAAGUGAUGUACUUUUUAAACUCCCAUUCCUGUCAGUUCAUUGUUCAGUACAAAAGUAUCAACUUUCCAAUUUAUAUCCUAAGUAAGGAACAUUCACAUCAAACUUUAAACAUCUCUUGUCUUUUCUAGAUAUAAAACAACU